GGUCUUCUUGCACAGCGGGUAUCCAUUUCAAAAUGGCGGCAACAGGAACAACUAAAAAAGUAGUUCUUCUAAGCUGCGGUUGCUUCAACCCAGUGACACAUAUGCAUCUUAGACUAUUUGAACUAGCCCGCGACACUCUUCACCGCACUGGCUUCUUUACUGUUGUUGAGGGGAUUUUUUCUCCCGCUCAUGACGCUUAUAAGAAAAAAGAUCUUGUCGCAUCGCAACACAGAUUAGCAAUGUGUAAUUUGGCAGUUAAAACCUCAAGCUGGUUAAGAGUUGAUGACUGGGAAAGUAAACAAGAUGGCUGGUCAACAACCAAGACAGUUCUUAACUAUAUGACAGAGCAAGCAAGGAAGAAACAUGAUAACAGUUGUACUGUUAAAUUACUCUGCGGUGCUGAUUUGCUAGAAUCCUUUGCAGUUCCAGGAUUGUGGUUAGAUAGUGAUAUUGAGAGCAUAGUAAAGGAACAUGGAAUUGUUGUUAUAACAAGGCAUGGGUCAAAUCCAGAAGAGUUCAUUUACAACUCUGAUGUUCUUACAAAACACAAGAAUAAUAUACAUAUUGUGACAGAGUGGAUACCUAAUGAAAUUAGUGCUACAAAAAUAAGGUGUGCUCUUAGGCGGAGAGAAAGUAUAAAGUACCUUGUUCCUGAUUCAAUCAUUGAUUACAUCCAUAAUAACAAGCUAUAUACCCCAGUAAAAGGAUAAGCACCAAAUUAGCCCCAAAUGCGGAGGGCAAAAAAGGGGGUCUAAUUCAACCAGAAUUGAGCUUUUCCACAGCAAUUAAAUCCUUUUCACAGCAGAUAAGCCAUUAAGCUUUUCCACAAGAAUUUAGCCAUUUUCCCCAACAGUUCAACCCGACAAAUCAAAUUAAGAAGCAAUUCUCCAAUUCAGCCACAAUUCAAUUGCGAUCCCAAAAAUAUAAAAGCACAGUUGAGCAAAAGUGCCAAGCAGGCAAGUGCUCAAGACACACAUGCAUCAUCAUUUGAGACCACAUGGAGACCAAGCUCACAGUUUGUGGUUUUGGGGAUGUGUAAAUACUGUAAUUCACAAUAAAAACACACAAAACUGA